AUGUCGAACGCCAGCGACUCCCCUCGAACAGACCAGCCCGUCAUUCCUCUCGAUCUAACCAGAGCCUCCUACCACAGCGGAAUGGGUGAUCUCCCGCAGCAGCCGCCGCAUCCAACACAGCAGCCUCGCAGCUCCUCCGAGAGCAGCGGCGCCUCGCUGAAGAGCCCUCGCACAGCUCGAUUCGCCGAGGCCACAACAGUGCACUCGCCAGUCGAACCGUCGAGCCGCUCUCCCUUCGCUGAUCCCCUGCGGGACCAGUCAGGCGGUGUUGGUGAUCUUGGAUUCGGCUAUGUUGCUGCCAGCGAUCCUGCGCAGCAUGCCGACGACUCGCGGCCGCCGAUAACGCCGGCUCUCGCCUCGCCGCUGAGGAGCGGAUUAAAGGUGCCCAAUACAGCGAAGUCGUUGAACCCCCUCAGUCCAACUUUCCGCGAGGAGUAUAUGCUGGAGAAGCAGGAGAAGCAUGCGGAGAAGGAGAAUGCUCGUGACUUGCGAAUCAAACUCCGUGUCCGUAUUGCGAAGAUCUUCCUCCGCGGUGUCAACUUCUCAUGCAGUCUGAUCGUGCUGUCCCUGCUAGCGGUGACUCUGACCGUCUUCAACGCAACCAGGACCAUCGCACAACGCAAUAGUCUGCCCGCCUGGGCAGAGGGCACCAAUCCAUGGGCACAGUAUAUGUUGCUGGGAAUGGCUUGUCUCUCGCUAUUCGCAUGUGUGAUUGUGUUUUGGGGCUACUGGAAAGGCGGGCACCGUCGAGCAGAAAAGACCGCGGUCUACUAUUCCACGUUCUCGAUCUGUUUCUUUAUCUUCAGCUUGGUAAUGUGGAUUGUCGGUGCGGCCAUUUACCAGCACUCGAAGUCUUCUGGCAACAGCAAGGACAUGUGGGGAUGGUCCUGCGCGCAGAACACGCGCGAGGAGAUCUAUUCCAAUACGGUUGAUUACGCCCUUCUAUGCCGUCUUCAGGACUGGGGCCUCGUCUGCGCCAUCAUCGAAGUCGUCAUCGAACUCCUUGUCCUCCUCAUCUACGCCGUCGUCGCCUACCGCAUCUGGACGAAACGCCGCCUUAUGAAAUCCAUGGACACUCGCGACAAGGCCCGCUCAGACCUGUAUCUCGCCCAGCUGCGCCUGCAGUCUGCCCCGAACACCCCCGGCUUCCCAGGCUUUUCCAGCUACCCGCCCAAGUCGCCGUACGGCGUCCACGUCGACCCGUACUCCGCCGCAGAGAAGGGCCAGGCCGAGCCAACGACGACGCAGUAUGCCUCGCCGCGUUCCCCAACCCGCCCCACGUCCUCGUUCCAGCUCCAGCCUCCGCCCAUCCGCGUCCAGCAGGCUACGCCGCGUGCGCCGCAGGAGGGAUUCGCCGCGCCCCCGGCGCCCAGGUCUCCCUCACCGCCACGAAACGAGCCGCAGCAUAUGGCCGCAGCACCGGGCGAGGAGAACUACGGUGCUGUGCCUAUCCCGGGCGCAUACACGAGCCCCGCGAUGCCAGCGUUCCCGGCUGCAGUGCACAAGUAG